AUGAAGGGGCUUAACAGUCUACCGGAAGGGAUCAUACUAGACAUCCUGACUAGGGUACCAACUGAGUCUGUUCUAGACUGCAAGCUGGUAUACAAACCGUGGAGAGAUCUUAUUGGUGAUCCAUCAUUCUCUCAGUUGCACUUCAAUCUUCUUGAUUCUGCUGAUGAUUCUGGUAAGCUAAGUUUUAUUAUCUUAAGUUGUGAGAAUAUGGAUACGUUUGAUCCAGGGAUGGAAGACCUUUAUUAUACCGAAUAUGAUGAGAAUUGUCAUGAGACACCCUUCAGUAGAAAAAUGAGGAUGCAUUUAAACCCUGAAUUUAAGAAGUAUUCUUUUGUUGGUUCUUGUAAUGGGUUAAUUUGCUUCGGUCCUUGGUUUGAUUGUUUAACUUCAUACAAUGUUUCUAAGUUUCAUUAUGGACCCGUUUAUAUCUGUAAUCCAGUCAGCAAAGAACAUAUUAUCCUUCCAAAUUUUGAAGGGGUGUACAAAUGGAGCGGAUUUGGUUACAGUCAUUCAACCAAUGAGUACAAGGUUGUUAGAAUCUGUCUAGACUCUGACGAACCAAAUUUUGGAAUUCCUCAAGUAUACACUGUUGGCAGUGGCAAUGGAUGGAGAAAUUUGAGAGAGAUGGACAUGGAGUUGAAAAAUAUACAAAUUGUUAUAUUUUGUGCUGGUAUGUUUGCAAAUGAAGCUCUUCAUUGGGUGAACAAGGACAAAAAAAGAUUUCUUGCUUUCCAUUUGGCUGAUGAAAAGUUUAGUGAGCUUCCACUACCACCUUGUGGUGUUCAAAAUCUUUGUCCUACACUAGGGGUUUUAGGUGAUUUUCUAAGUGCUUAUAAGUUUAAUGAUACUUAUGGCGGUGUCGGUGAUUGUGAAAUAUGGUUAUUGAAGAAGAACAAAGAUAAUAAUUAUAAUGACUUGAGCUGGAGUAAAGAGUUUAGGUUUGAUUCUUUUGACAGUUAUAUAUCGCCGCCAUUUGGGUAUACGAGGAGUGGUAAUCUUCUGUUCUAUGGGGAUAGUAAAUUUUAUAUUUACGAUUCAGAAGCUUCAUCAACGGAUGUGAAUUUUGGCAAGGAUCGCAUAGUUAUUUCUAAAAAUGAGAGGGACAAGGAAUCAACUCAUGCCGCCCCUGUUAUUGAGCCAGGCCUGACCAUGGAUUUGGUUACAGUCAUUCAACCAAUGAGUACAAGGUUGUUAGAAUCUGUUUUGACUCUGACGAACCGAAUUUUGGAAUUCCUCAAGUGUACACUCUUGUCAGCGGCAAUGGAUAAAGGAAUUUGGGAGAGUUGGACUUGA